GACAGAGUGAAUAGGGUGGGUCAGAGAGCAUGAGAGGGUUUUUGCAAGGCUCUGGUGGAGAGUAGGGGGGCGGCGGAUUGUAUUGGAUUGCUUUGAAGUUAUUUCUGCACCAGGUAAAGUAAUUUUUUGCGUCUCUCCCCCCGCCGUUCCCACCACCCCCGACCUGUCCUUUUGCCCAACCAAAGGUGACAACCCUACUUUAGACAAGCUAUUAUUUUCCUCCGGCUUCAGCGCGCGCGCGCGCGCACACACACACACACACACACAUAUUGGCAACUACAGUACGGGGACAUAUCGGCUGUUACGAAGGUUUAUUGAGGCUAUAUAUCUCGAGUACUUUUUGUACCCUUGAAAGGCACUCAGCAAGUGCUUAUAUUCUUAUUUUGAAAGUGCCCUUCAACACGACCCUUGGGCAACGGAGUAAGGAUUGCUUAUACAAAGAAGAAACUUUCUGAAAUCCCAGUGGGUUGAGAUAUCCUGGGGGAUAUCAGUGGGCUUGGGGGUCGUGGAGCAUUGCAGCUAACGGGUGGUGUAGUGACCAGUUCAGAGGCACAGGGUCCUUUCAUGACAGUCACAGCCAUUAGACAAUAAACUUAUAAUCAUGCAAUAAUUCUAAUUAAGGGUGUACUGCAACACUCAAUGCCAAUCUAUCUGUGUUGCCCUUCAGCUAGAUAUACUAUUGUCUGUUCACAUACAUGGUCAAAUGAUUUGGAAUGCUCCAGCAUCCUUUUUUGGAGUGACUUAGGUUGUAUUCUCCUUGAGCAUAUAUAACAAAACUUGUACCCCAUUCUAUUGAAAUGGAAGCCCCCUGUGCUGUCAGCAGUGGUGUAGCAAGCUGCUCAGGCACCCAGGGCGGUUUGCAGCCUGCGCCCAGUGGUGGGGUGAGCCGGGGCAGGGCACGCUAUCCAGAGCCUCCAAAGAGUCCACCCACGGCCUCUGCCUCAGCUGUAGGGCGGCUGAGGGGUAGGCGAUGGGCAGACGCAAGCGCCAUGCUGCUGUUUCGGGCAAUGCAGAGCCUGUAGGCACCUGAGCCACUGUGUCACUCCCAAGAGAGAUGUGUGGCUUGGGCCUGCUACAGGCCCCAGCCUAUGGUAAGUGCCACCCCAAUGAUGUGCCCCACUCCCGUGCCCACCCACCCCCCGCUAUGCCUCUGGCUGUCAGUGUUCCUAAAGGCUUAGCUUUGGAGCAGACAGAACAACAACUCCUUUGUGUCCUUCCAGUGUAUCUUCUCCAGAGGGUCCCUAGGAGAACAUCCUCAGUGGCUGCCUCACCUUCUUUCACUCUGGUUGGGCUCCAACCAGAGGAGGCUUUUUCAUAGUGGCUAAGGAGCUUUCCUUUCAUGCUGAUGGGGCAGUUCUAGGAUGCUGGAGACAACGGACCCUGCUGGGACCCAUCUGCAGAAAAAGUAAUGGGCCUUUGACCUGCUGUGUCCACAGACUACCACACCUCUGGCAGCAUACCCUAAAUGGGAGGGAGAUGAGACUCUGAUGUCAUCUGAGGGAGGCUCAGAUCUCCCAGGUUUUUGCACAGUGGGGUCGUCAGAGGAAGGCAGAUCCUCUGGCCGGGGGGGGGUAUUGGCCCCACAGAUUCAUCUGGUAGCAAUGCCUCUGGGGUUGGCCUUGCAUCACCUUUUCCUUCAGGUUCACAGUCCUUGCCUCCAUCACCUGAUGAAGCACCGACACCUUGGAAUUCCCUGCCAAUUGACAUUUGGCAGGUAUCUUCACUGUGCCUCCUAAAAACAUUUCUGCUUAGGCACAGAGAACAUUGACAUGUGUUUCAAUGUGGUUGUCAGCUUACCAUCUUAAUUAUUUUUCUUAAUGCUUUAAACAGUUGUUUUUAACUAUUUCAAACUCAAAAUUGCAUUGUUUUAUUCUUUCUUGUGAACCCAUUUGAGAUUAAAAAGAACCGUUUCAAAUGGUAUAUAAGAACACUAGAAGAGCCUGCUGGAUCAGGCCAAUGGGUCAUCUAGCCCAGCAUCCUCUUCUCACAGAGGCCAACUGUGGGGGGAAGCCCAUAAGCAAGUCCUAAGUGCAACAGCAACUCUCUGCACUUGUGAUUCCCAGCAUACUGCCUCUGACAGAGGAGAGAUAACAUAGCCAUCAUGAAUGGUAGCUGUUGAUAACCUCCAUAAAUUUGUCUAGCCUAUUUCAAAAGCUAUUGAAGUUGGUGGCUGUCCCUGCAUCUUGUAAGUGGAUGGCGAGAGAGUGAACAAGAUAUGAAGGAUGAGUAAGAAUAUUAGAAAGUCCCACUGGAUCAGACCAAUGGCCCACCUAGUACAGCAUCCUCUUCUAACAGUGGCUGACCAGUUGCUUGAAUGAGGAGCCCAACGGUAGGACCUGACCACAAGAGCCCUCUCCUCUCCUGCGGUUUCCAGCAACUAUUAUUCAGAAGCAUAACCGCCUCCUAUCAUGGAGGACAAGCAUAGUCACAGUGGCUAGUAGCCAUAUAAUUAAAAAAACAACAGAUUGUUGAAAAAAUAAAUAAAAUGAAGAGGAACCCAGCUUCUGGUCCCUGACAUGACCUGACUUUCUCUCCCCUCACUUCCCGAUCCCUACCCAUCCCUUGCCAUUGCUAUGUUGGCCCACCAAGUGGCCAUAACCUUCUCUCUGCUUCCAUUUUCUAGAGAAUGAGCUGCGGUUAUAUCCUCUGCACCGUCCUCCUGUCUGUGGCAGUUCUCCUUGCCGUCACUGUCACUGGUGCCAUCCUCUUCAUGAACCACUACCACACACCCGUCACGGAAUCCCCACCCAUCAUCAGCACCAAUCCCGAUGAAGCCAACGCCUUGGUCACCAUCGAGAAAGCUGAUGGCUCUCGUGUCAACAUAUUCAUCGACCCCAAUUGCCCGGACCAGGGCACCGGUUUCACCCGCCUGGAGGGCCUCCAGUCGUCUGUCCUGAGGGCUGUGACAGAUCUUGAUGCCGAGACGAAGUCAUCGAAGGGGCAGGAGAGGGCGUUGCUGGUGGGCCUGUCGGAUGAGGUGUCCAAAGUUCUCAGCCAUGCCACCCAGCUGAGGGCAGACUGUGACGGUCUGAAGAAAGGGCACAGCACCAUGGGGCAGGAGCUGAACGCUCUGCAGAAUGAGCAAGGCCGUCUCAUACAGGUGAUGGAUGGGAGCGGAGGGGCAAGAGGCUAGCUCCUGUGAACACUUGCCCCGUAAACACACAAAUCAUGCAAAGUAUAAGUUAGGGACCAAUAUAGAUUGAGAUGAUUUUCAUAUGUUAUGGACAGGCAGGUAGCAGAACUGCAGUGCGCCCCCCCCAUCCCCAAUAACUUUUGGCUUGUGUUCCAGGAGCAAGUUAAAGCCAUUUGAAGGGUCAUAGCCAGAGGUCCAGCAUCUUUACUUUCAGGGGAAAGGUUAGUUUUUGGAAGAACUCCUGCUUGAAACCCUGGAGAAUCACUGUCAGCCAGUGUUGACAGUACUGAAUUGGAUGAACCAAUGGCCUGACUCGGGAUAAGGCAGCUUCCUGUGUUCCAUUGCUGCUGACCCCUUGGCCCUCAAUCAAUUAAAAAUGUGGAGUCUCUUUUAAAAAAAUCAUCUCAGUCUAAAUAAAUAAAAUAGUAGCUGACCAGAGAUUUUUGUGAACUGCAGACUGUCCUCUAGAUUGGAGGGUUUUGAAAUAUUUUAUUUAAGUCACUUCCAUCCGUGUAAUAAACCAAAAUCAAAUUAUAUGGAAAAUGUUAAGGUCUGCUGCAGUUAGGUGCAGUGCAAACUUUUGGCUUUUUAAUUAUUAUUUUAGAAACAGAUGUCAAAACAUUUACUAUCUCCCCCUGAAUAUACACCAUUACUUACCCAGGCUCCCUGGUUUACAGGAUGCUAACUCUCUUAACGGGUUUUCAGGAAGUGUGUUUUAAUUACAGAAAGAACAGAAGAAGGCAGGAAGGAGCAUUCCAUAGCCUCUAUAAAAACAGUCGUGGUUGCAAGUGGUGGAGAUUAGGUCAUAUAGAGGUUGCUGCCCCACCAACCUUAGUCUGCCCUUGGCCACCCCCUACCUGACCAUCUUCAUGCAUACAACCAAUCAGGGUGUGGCUCUACCUGUCAUUGGCGCAGGAACCACCUACUGUUGGGCUCCCUGCAUUCUUCUCCACCAGUCCCCAUGGAACCAGCCGCUGAGUUCAAGGGCGCUUACUCCCGAUGCAAAGGACUUGUUCAUUCUGUGUGCUGCUCCUUUUUGAUACAUGCAUGUAUAAGCAUUUACUUAUAAUCUCUUUAUUGUAUCCCACUUUUUUCUCCAAGGAGCUCAAGUUGACUUACAUAGUUCUCAGCCUCAUGACAACCCUUUGGGAUAUUUUAAACUGAGAGGCAGGGGACUUGCCCAAAGUCACCCGGCAAGCUUCAUGGGGGAGUGCAAAUUUGAACCCUGGUUUCCCAGGUCCUAGAAGGACACUCUGGCCACUGUAUCUCACCGGCUAUAAUGGAUCACACAGUGGUCUGCAUUUCUGAACUCUUCUCAGAGCUGUGACUAGGAUGGGGACCCUCGGGAUUGGGGGCUGGAUGCUGCCCUAUAGCUCUCUAGCUAACUGCCUAGCUCUCAGAACUUUUCCCAGGACCACAGCCCUUACCAGUCCUGCUUUGCAUCCUUCUUGAGGGUUUCUGCCUGCCUGGGAUAUGUCCUUGAACUUUGCUCAAGACUCCUGCUUGUCUGGGUGGAGGAUAGAUAAGGAUGUGUUGUUGUGGUGGUGGUUGCAUUUAUUAUAGUGUUGAGAAUUGGGGAGGUAGGCUGUGUACCUGUAUACAGUCCCUUCUAAUUCCUGGAUACAAUAAGGAUCAAUUGCUGGAGUAGCCAGGCAAGUUUCUUGGUGGCUCUGUGCCAGAAGACAAAUGGGCAGGGUAGUUAGAAACUGUCUGGCAGUUAGAAAGACAAAGACCAGAGUUGUGUGAGCUAGAAGCUGGAGGCAGGCUGGGCGGAUGAGAGAAAGAGCUAUGCCUGAUCUCUGCUUGAAUCCAGUGCUGAGGCCAUGGGAGAAGCAAGACCCAAUUGGGGGCGGGUGAAUCAUGUGAGCCCCUCCAACACAGGCUCAGGUUGUACAGUAUAUAGAUCUAAAUAAACCAUAUAACACAUUGUCAACCUGGGAUAGCUCAGUUGGUAGAGCAUUAAUCUCAGGGUUGUGGGUUCGAGUCCCAUGUUUGGGCAAAAAGAUUCCUGAAUUACAGGUGGUGGGACUAGAUGAUCCUCGUGGUCCCUUCCAACUCUACGAUUCUGUGAUUCUGUGACACCACCGUCUCUGCUGUCCCUCAUUCCGAGGACACCGGACCCUGGGUAAGUGCCUGGAACCCCUGGAAUCUCGCACCGCUCAGAGAUUGGGGUGGCAUGCAACAAUAUUUACUUAUAUCCCACCUUUUUCCGAGACCAAGACUCAAGGCAGCUUAUACAAGUUAAAACACCACCGAUUAAAUACAAAAAGCCAAAAACAUAUAGAAGAUAAUUGUUCGGGUAGAAACUAGGCUACCAGCCAAAUUGCUCAGCCCACUUUUGGCUCUGACCCCACCCACCACAGGCAUGUGGCCCCCAGAAGGUUGCCCCCAAAGGGAAUGUGGCCCUUUGCCCCUGAUAGACUUUCCUUGGUGAUGUGGCUGUAUAGGGGCUCUCACAAUGAGUUUAUGCACUUCCAAAUUUACAACCGCAACACUGGUCUGGGAUGCCACAGAACUGCCCUGAGAUCUAUGGAUAGAGGGUGGUAUAAAAAUCUAAUUAAUUAAUUAAUUAAUUAGGAGGAGGAGGAAAGUUGCAGCCACAGCUUUUCAUAGGAGGAAAACUGGGAAGGUUACAGAAGGCAGGGGAGGGGAGUCUGUACAUGUUUUGCACGUAGCGUUUGAGAGCUCAUUUGCCAGACAGGUAGCUAAAUGCUGGUGAGCCCUGAGGAUGUUGGCUUACCUCAGUGAACUCUGUUGCAUUUUGAUUGAAGUCAUCAAAGGAGGCUUCUGCAAAUUCAGUGCUGAUGCCUAAGGCAAGGUUAGAGGGGGUGGUGGAAAGAACAGCCAUUACAUCCCUGUAGUGAAAGGGAAAGUGCAUCACCUGGAAACAAAAUGGCUGACCAUUUCAACUCUGCAUUCAAGUGAGGUUUAAUUGUCUGGGUAGGGGGAAGGGGUUCAGUCCCAUAAACCUUGAGACUGGGCUAGGGCAACAAGGAUGCCUCUGAACGUGUCUGUGAUCUACCUCCAUAUUUGGAAGCCAUUAAUGCUUCUGAAUACUAAUUGCUGGAAACUGCAGGAAGGAAGGGUGCUUUUGUGUUUAGGUUUCCUAUAGUUGGCAUCUGGUUGACCACUGAGGAAGAACAGGAUGCUGGACUAGGUGGGUCAUUGGCCUGAUCCUGCAGGGCUCUUCUUAUGUUCAGGAAAAGCACAUGCUUUGCACGCAAGAGGUCCCUUCAGUCCCCAACAUCUCCAGGCAGGUCCAGAAGGACACCUGUCUGGAAUCCUGGAGAGCCACUGCAGUCAGUGUGGACAAUAUUGAGCUAAAUGCCCCAACUUGGACUAAGGAGGCAGCUUCCUAUAUUUUUAGGAGUGAAGGCGCAGUGGUAGAGCACCUGCUUUGCAUGCAGAAGGCCCCAGUUUCAAUCCCCAAUGGUAUUGCCAGGUAGGUCAGGGAGAGACUCUCUGCCAGAAGCCCUGGAGAGCCACUGCUAGUCAGCGUAGACAGUACUGAGUUUGAUAGACCAAUGGCCUGAUUCAGUGUGAACCAGUUUCCUGUAGUUCUAAAUCCUCCUCUUCGCCUGCAUCUUCAGUUAGGUAAGACAUCAUCAUCACAUCCUUGUAAAAACCUUUAUAAACCCUCCUGGUUUUGCACCUGUUUCUUGCUGAAGUAAGGCAAUUCCUCAAUGAAUCAUCACUGUAUAUUAGAUAAGAACUGCUGACUCUAAUGGAGAAGUCUGAUAAAAGGUGCGAGCAAGGAGAAAAGCUGUUCGCAUUUUCACCCCCACCCCCCUCCACCCCUGUGUAGGGUGUUUAAUGGAAAAUUGUGAUGUUGGAAAAUCUGCUUUUAAAAACCACCCAUCACUUCUGCCAAGGGAUCCUUAUUUUUUGAACUCAAGAGUUCAGCAAGCCUCACUGAAUUGUUUCAAUUACUUUGAUGAAUUAGUUAUUGUUUGCUUUAAUUAUAUGCUACUGUGUUUGAUACUAUGUAUAGCAAUUGCAAUGUUGUUUUUAAUGCUGUUGUGAGUAUUGUGAGCCCCCAUGCAAUACACAUACCCCCCCCUACAGCCACAGGAAGCUUUGGCAGCACACUAACAAUGAAAUGGCACCACCUUAGUCCAUGGGUAGGGAAUCUGUGGCCAGUGGGCCAAUCUUGGCUCUGCAAGGGGUCUGCAAGGCCAUUUCCCCCCUAAGCACAUCCAACUGCCCGUCAGCUGACCCCCACAGCCAGCAGAACCUAACUUUCUGCUCAUCAGCUUAUGAAUAAAGUGUACGAUCCUGUGGGUACUGCUUUGCUGGUUCAUUCCUUGAUGAUGACUGACAGGUAGGCUGUCCUGCCCGUCUGUUAAACUUGGCCCAUGGGGGUUAGUGGCAGAUAAACUUCUGACCCCCCAAGAUGAAAAGGUUCCCUGAGUGCAUCUAAGUGCUUAUUGCUAUUUAAUAUUUUCCAUGUGCUGUUCUUGUUUACCAAUGAUUAGUCAUCCCAGGAAAGCAACAACUUGGUCAGGAGGGCACAGGGGUAAGGUGAUCUGCUGGUGCUGUUCUGGUGUAGGUUCUGCUGUGCUGGUGCUGUUCUGGUGUAGGUUCAGAACUUUGGGUAGUUCUGCCGGUAUGCAAAACCACAGUGGAAUGAUUUCAGCACCAUGGAAAGCAAACCUGCAGCUAAUGUAAGAGCCAAAUUACCUCAGCAGCAGCCUGGAGCAAACACCAGAGUUAUAUAGUCCUUUGGGAAACUACACACACACACACACACACACACACACACACACACGGGUAUCUUAAAGGACAUAAGUCUUAUGUCACAGUUUCUGGCUCCUAGUGGGUGAAGGUCAGAAUAGUGAUGACCUGGUUGGAGGGAAAUCCCUGGUCACUACAAGGUCCAGUCAUCAGAGUCUGAAGACAGCAGUAGUUUCCUCAGACAACGCAGGAUCCCAGGCAAAGUGUCCUACAUGGGAAGAACAACAAAGCAAGUCUUAUUACUCCUCUGAUAUCUCAGUUUCUAAGUUCUUAGUCCAUGCCAUGAUAUGUCCAUUACUUUUAUUUUCUGGGCCUGGCUUUGGUGUUUUGGGUAUGCCUUGUUAACAUUUUUUAGUUUGAAUUGCUACAGUUGUCCUUAUGUGGAGCUCAGCAGCCUCCCCUAGGUCUCCAGAAGUCAUAUCUUCAAGUACUGCUAGGGUGGGAAGCCUCUAGCCUCCCUGCCUGGGAGUUCAAGUUGGCCCACAAAGUCAUUUCUCCCAAUCCUUGGCCCACCUGUCAAUCCUCUGACAUCACUGAUGGGUGGGAGAAUUAGGUUCAAUCCUGCUGGAGUCUGCUUCACUAAUAUAUUCCCUUGGCAAAGGAGACCCCUGCAUCCACAAGGACUGAACCUGGUGAGCAGAAGUUUCAAUUCUGCCUGCUAGGAGAAGGCUCAUAUAGUCAAAGCACAGUGUAGGGCUGUUUGAAAGCCAUUUUGCAAACAGCUCUUUAGACCCCUGAUUUUCAGAAGUUUGAAUAGCAGUGUGAGGCUGUUUGCAAAAGGGCUUUCAAACAGUUCCUCACCAUGCUUUGAAGUCCUGGCAGUUGGGGCAUCAAAGCUCAGUAUCACCUGAUAGCAGCUGGGCUCUCCAGGGUUGGGGGUGAUAGAGAUCUGAAUCACCAGUCAGAAAAAGCUCCCCACCCUUAAGGAAGAGUAAUGGGCAAAUGCUCCUUGCCUCUAGUGUAUGUGCAAACACACAUGCAUAUGUACAAGCAAUAAGCCAUUACGCAGUGCACAGCCUGCUACCCCAUGCACUACAGCUGAAGUCAGCUUUGUAGAGUUGAUCACCUAUAGCAGCCCAAUUUUCAAUCACGUUUUUGUUGUUUAAUGACACGAUUUACAUUUCUGCCCAUCAACAAUGUUCCCUGGGCAAGUCUACAGGGCAAAGGGAAUAAAAUACAUGAUCAUUAAAAGCAUCAACAAACACAGCAGAAUGCAACAUAAAACUCUCGAUGUUUUGGCAGAGAAAUGCAAUCAAUUUGCAGCUCAAUAAGAUAAAGCUUCCACAAUGGGGGCCCAGAUAGCAUUUGUUUAAAAUGUUACAAUAUACAUUACUAGGUCCACUGUGAAAGGAGGGGGAAAUUAUUUCAUACUAUUACGCUGCAUACUCCUGAUACUGAGAACCAGUAUGCUGUAGUAUUGGGCUAGGACCUGGGAGACCAGGGUUCAAAUCCCCAGUCAGCCAAGAAGCUCAGUGGAUGACCUUGGGCCAAUUACUGUAUUUCAGCUUAACCUACCUCACAGUGUUGUGAGGAUAAAAUAGGAAAAGGGAGGAACUGUAUAUGCUACCUUGAGCUUCUUGAAGGAAAGUUGGGAUAUUAACAUAGGAAUAACAAUAAUGAUAAUGAUAAUGUUUUCUUCCCCAUAUGAUUCAUUUACCACGGCAUUGUUUUAUUUAAAAAAACCCACCUUCAGAAUACUUUACAAAAAGAAUAAAACACUAAAAGCAGUUUAAACUGCUAUGUAAACAUUCAAAUAAUAAUUAAAAACAGAACUAAGCUAAAAACGUAUUAAGACACAUGUAAACAUUCUACGUAUCUGGAUAGGCUUGUCUAAAACAAUAAUGAGCAAUGCAAUAUGUAUAUAAAAAAAAAUUCCACCCACCCACCCCAGCACACUAUUAUUAGCGUUAGCAUUAAAUGUAUUACCCAUCCUUUACCAGCAGGGUCCAAGGGCAAGUUACAACAAUUUAGAAUUAAAAAUGAUUAAAAACAGAUUAGUCUCAGGAAUAGGUCAGGGUAAAGAGGUGCGACUUCAGCAUUUGCCAGAAGCUGUAUAGUGAAGAAGCCAGAGCCACUUCUGUAGAGAGGAAACUUCACAACUUAAGGACUUCCAAAAUGGAAUGUCCUCUUCCAGGCCUGCCACUAACCUAAACUUCUAAGGAAGAUGAAACUACGAAAAUGUCUUUCCUCUGCUGAUCUUAACACCCAGGAGAGUCUGUAGGGAUAUACCUAUGGGGCCUAAACCACUUACGGUUUUGAACUCUAAAAUGAACACUACAUUAAAAAAAAUCUUAGCAUUGGGACGAAUGUAAUGAACCACCAUUAAUACCCAAAAGUGCUACAUACAAAAGAAGAAGAAGAAGAAGAAGAAGAAGAAGAAGAAGAAGAAGAAGAAGAAGAGUUAGAAUAAAAUAAAACCCAGUUGAUACUUUGACAGAAAUGACAAGAUUGCUUUCAGUCACUGUGGCUGCCUUAGUCUAAUUUUAGAAAUGGCCAGAGCAAAAAUCUGCAACCUUUCCUAUUAGCUCAGCAACUUUAGCUCCCAGACAAACCAACGGGCGAUGAGAAAUCAUUAGUUAUUAAAUUUGUAUUUCUUCCAUAUCAUAAAAAGCAAAGAUGCAAUGCAGUUCCCUUGACACAUUUCCCUUCUCAACGUAAAUGAAAAGCAUCUUGUGCUUUAAUUUUUGAAUGUAAACUCUCUUAUAUAAAUUUAAUAAAGGCAGACUGUUUGGGGGGGGGAGAGAGAAGAGAGAAGGAAGGAAGGAAGGAAGGAAGGAAGGAAGGAAGGAAGGAAGGAAGGAGCCAUUAGGGAUGUCGGAAGAUUCUGGCAAAACUGGAAAUGGGGCUGGGAAUUGCAGAUGCCGGCUUAUUCACCACCAUGUCCAGAAGAAAAAUCAAUCCACUGAGUAGAAUCAGUAUUCACUGUUGUUAUUGUUUUCAGUUCAUAAAUGACUGAAAUGAAUGGGGUGUCAUAAUGGAAGAGGAAUCUCAUUUACAUAAGUUAUGUAAGUUAUAUAAUUUUGCCUCAGUGGACAACUGAGAUUAAUAAUGUGGUUUUGGGUGGAAGAUGAACUCUGGCAGAAUCGAAAUGCUCCUACGUAUAACAAAUACAGGGCAGAAUGGAAAUCAGUAUUAGAAUCAGAGCAUCAUAGAAUUGUAGAGGCUGGAAGGAACAGCCGCUGAGGGAAAGUACCUGAGUAUGGGGGCAGGAAGUUGAAGGGACAGUUUAGAGGAGGGAGCUGUAGAACAGAGCAAAGCCUCGCUUAGUAGGCUUGGGCUGCAAAUCCCUUUGAACUCAGUAAGGCUUGCAGCUAGGAAAGCAUUCAUAAGUCCCACUGAACUCUGUAGCAGUGCUUUUAAAAGCACCAAGCAAAAAAAGACAUUAUUCAUAGGGGAUAUCACCUAGUCAGGAUGCAUGGACAGGGUGGUGAUGGUACCAUUGUCUGGCUUGCCUCAUGCAGCAAAAUUGGCACUACUGCAAGUGCCACAUAAUACCUAUUCUGCAUUUGUAAGAACUUGAUCACUUAGUGUGGCAGCACCUGCACUUUGGAACUCCCUGCCUAUUGAGAUCAAGAAGGCACCUUCACUGUACUCUUCUCAUCACCUGCUAAAAACAUUCCUGUUUAGACAAGCCUACCCAGAUACUUGAAGUAAUUUGAAUCUAUUUUAGUAGUUUAACUUUUUCAUGUUUUAAAAUAGGGUUGUAGUUUGUUUAAUUGAUUUUACUGUUCUAUCUUUCAUAAACCUCUUUGAAGUUUUUGGGGGUUUUUUACAAUCAAGUGGUGUAUAAAUUUUAUGAAAUAAAAGAAAACAUAAAAUAUAAUGUCUUGGGGCUGGCCCUGGUUGAGACCUUUCGCAGGCUGUCCUAAAGCUAGUAGUGGACAGGUUGGUGCCUGCGGAUGGUGUGUUGGCAAACCCCCUGAACUGAGUCAUAACGAAUUUGGACUUUUUCCACACAGCUGCUCUCAGAGAGCCAGACCAACAUGGCGAGACUAGUGAGCUCUGUCAGCGACAUCCUGGACACCUUGCAGAAGGACCGCAGUGCGGUCCGACCUCGGCUCAAAGCUGACCUCCAGAAGGCUCCAGCUCGGAGUGCCCGGCCAAAAGGAUGCUCCAACGGUAGGAGAUCUGCUUCCUUCUCUUCUCCUUCUUGGGGCAAUUAUGAAUAUAAUUUAUUCACACUCCACCAACCACAAAUAAGAAGUUAGAGAAUGUAAAAUAUGUAUCCUGGGCCCCAUCUGCACUUCACAUUUAAAGCAGUUUCAUGCCACUUAAACAGCCAUAGCUUCCCCCAAAGAAUCCUGGGAACUGUAGCUUAAGGUGCUGAGAGUUGUUAGGUGACCCCUAACUGCUUUCACAGAGCUAAAAUUCCCAGACUGGUUUAGCAAUCAGUCCCUCUUCACAGGGAAUUGUGGGUAUUCAGCCCCACAUGCACAAGUGAGCGCUCAGUGGUAAGAUAGAACUGCAUUUUGCGUUUUUUGUAGGAACAUAGGGAGCUGCCUUAUAGUGAGUCAGCUCAUUGAUCCAUGUGGCUCAGUAUUGUCUCUACACACUGACUAGCAGCAGCUCUCUACUGUUUCAGGCAGGGGGUCUUUCCCAGACCUAUCUGGAGACAUCAGGGGUUGAAUCUGGGAACAAUUGCACACAAGGCAGAUGCUCUACCACUCAGCUAUGAUUCUUCUGAGCAAAAAAACACACAGUCCCAGAUGUAGCAUACUGCUUUGUUUCUGCACGAAUCAACCCCCUAAAAAUGAGAGAGAGAGAAACUGUAUCGCAGGGGGUUGAACUAGAUGACUGUUUGGGUCCCUUCCAACUCUACAAUUUUAUGAUUCUAUGAAACAAGAGUUCUGCCAGAACUCCACUUGCCCAGAGCGUAGAAGGAAACAGAACAAAGUCUCUUUUAGUGACAGCAACCAGUUGGAAUAGGCGAGAGUCCAGAGCCAAGGGCUCAAACAGCGAUGUUGUAAUUUAGUCUAUUAAUUAGACCUCUCUUGUUUCUCUUCCCCCCAACUCACUUCUGCCCCACACUUCACUGCAGGCUCUCGGCCUCGGGACUGCUUUGACAUCUAUGCAAGCGGACAACAAGAGGACGGUGUUUUUUCUGUCUUCCCCACUCACUACCCUGAAGGCUUCCAGGUUUACUGUGACAUGACGACGGAUGGCGGCGGGUGGACGGUAAGGAUCUGUUGCCUGUUUAAGUCUCUUUGACGCAUUGGUUUGAGUAAUAGACCCGUUGGCUUAGCUGGUCAAAGCAUGUGACCUUCCGUCAAGGUUGAAGCAGAGAGGCAAUGAUGGGGAACAGAUUCUGGGAGCUUACGGAGGAGACAAGAGAAGCUGGCAUCCUUUGUGGGUUGAUGGGCAGGGCCUUCUGGGCAUGGAGGAACCAUGGGCUUCACUGCAGCAAGAGCACAGGGCCAGUCAGUGCCAGGGCAAAUGCUGAGGGUGCUUUCAGAUAUGGACAAUUUAACAGCAUCUGAUCAGCACAGUUUUGGUUUAAGCUGGAAAUGGGAUAGCAGCUCAGCUUCCAGACUUUCAGCACCCUGUGGCUGGGACCAGGAUGCUGUGCCUUUCCAGUUGUUGCUAGAUGACAGCCACAUUCAUGCCAUACAUUUAAAGUGCAGUGAUGGCACUUUAAACUGUCAUGGCUUCCCCCAAGGAAUUCUGGGAGCUGUAGUUCAUUAAGAGUGCUGAGUUGUUUGGAAACCCCCUAUCUCCCUCACAGAUUGUUAAACUACCCUAGAAAUUGUAGCUCUGUGAGGGGAAAAGGGAGUCUCCUAACAACUCUCAGCACCUUUAAUGAACUAUAGCUCCCAGAAUUAUUUGGAGAAGGCACAGCUGUCUCAAGUGGUAUCAUAAUGCUUUAAAUGUGUGCUGUGAAUGAAUGUUGCCAACAACUUCCAUCAACCUGGAUUGUUGGCUAUGUUGGCUGGGGCUGAAGGGAGUUGGAUUCCACUGUAAUUAAUUUCACUGGGUCUACUCUAACUAGAACUUAGUUGGAUUCAACAAUAACAUUUUGGGAAAGACACAGAUGGAAUGAGAUUUCGAUUUUUACUUUUUUAGUAGGUAGGACUUAACGAAGAACAAACGGCAUUUGCUAUCACUGUACUUUGUUCUAUGUUUUGGGGUUCUGAAAUAAUAUACAUAAAACAAACCUUCCCUGGCAUUAUCACGCCGAUGUAAAAUAAACUCAUUUCUGGAGAGGAGCAGAUGGGAAAUAAAUCUAUACAAGAGUAAAUGCAAAAUAUUGCGAUAAUGCCGACUUUAUUAUUAAUGGAACACACAUAAAAAGCAGGGUUUGUGUACUAAACUUGAUGGUCUGUAUGCCAGCAUGGUUAGAUGUUCUGUUUGUUUAUCUCUAGGCAUAAAAUUAGUUUCUAGAUUUCAUUGCGGCUUGGUGUGACAAGCAGACAGCCGAGAAGGUGGGGGCAGAGCUGUGCAUGGAGAAAGACUCUCACAGUUCAUUAGGAACUUAGAUACCCACAACACUCUUAUAAGCAAGACCAUACCCUCAUUUUGCCCAUGGCUCUGUCUUGCAUUUUGAGCUCAGGGGAGAAAUGUGGUUUCCCAGAAAGAAGAGCCCAGCCUUGGAGAGUGCUCUUGUUUAUUUCCUGCACAGCACCUGUGUACAUAUGAAGGUGCUUUAGACUUGGAUUCAGACAACUGAUUCAUCUGGCUCUAUUUUACCAACAGCUGUACCUGGAGAUUGAACAUGGUUCUGUCCUUGAGAUACAGCCCUUCCCUAGAAUUAAGGUCCUAAUCCUCAUGGUUCUGAAUAAGGAGCUGAUUGAAAUAAAAACAUAGGAAGUGAUGCCUCAUAUUGAGUCAAAACGUUGGUCCAUCUACCCCAAUAUUGUCUACACUGACUCUCCCCAAACCAUCUCCAGGGUUUCAGGCAGGGGACACUCCCAACCUUCCCUGGAAAAUUGCAUUGGGAAUUCUCCAUGCAAAGCACGUGCUCAACCUCUGAGCCCUUCCAAACAUAUGUGCCACUUGAUUGUAGGUAGAACCUCUAUGUGGUUUGCAAACAAGCAUUAAAAUGAUCAUAAAAAAUUGAAAACAUGAAUGUUAAAAAAAUCAAAAUACUGUUAAAACCAACAGUUUAAGCUAAAACCAGAUUUAAACACAUGACAGUUUCUACAUGUCUGGACAGGACUGUUAGAACAAAUACGUUUUUAGGUGCAGAAAAAUGUACAGCAAAGGUGCAUGCCUGAUGUCAAUAGGCAGGGAGUUCCAAACCAUGGGUGCUGCCAAACUAAAAGGUUGAUUUCUUAAAAGUUCAGAACUAGAUCACCAUUACUGGCUAAUGAAGUAGUGGGAUUUUCAUUCCACUUUCAGCAAAUGGCAAGAAAGCAAAACUUUCAGCUGGGCUAAAGAGUUCAUCAGCAGAAGUAUCCAGGAAAAUAACAGGGUGGCUAAGUGAUAUUAAGGAGUAACUGAUCCACAUGAAGUGGUUUCGGGGCAUGUACCCUAAGGGUGUUUGAACUUAAGACACAACAGAGUGACUGAAGGUUUAUCAGUGGCUCUUAACACGCAAUUCCAUCUCCUGACCUGCCAUUUUCUAAAGGCAAGAUGAAGUCAUUGGCAGAAAUUUAACAAGUUUCCCCUCUGGGAGGAGAGUCAUAGAUGUGACCUUCCCAGAGAGCGCUGGGGUCAUCACAGCAAUUCAUGUCUAUGGCAAAGAUGCUAGAUUGGGGGCUAGUUUGUGUCAACAACGCCAGCCUGGAGAAAUUAAUGAACGAGGCUGAAGAAAUGCCAAAACAGUGAGGCAACGAGACAGGAGCAGAAAAAUCACAAAUUGUGACAAGAGCAGCUUCAUACGAGAACUUGAAAAGUCAGAAAGUUAGCUGAAGUAGGAGAUACCUACAGACAGGCUGAUACUGAGAACUGGCUUUAAGAAGUGGUAGAAAAAUCACUCUUGUCAAACAAUCAGGUUGGCACUCUUCAGAUUUCAAAACGGUGUACAAGGAACACAGUCAUACCUCAGGUUACAGACGCUUCAGGUUGCGUUUUUUCAGGUUAUGGACUGCUGAAACCUGGAAGUACCAGAACAGGUUACUUCCAGGUUUCAGCGGUUGCACAUGCGCAGAAGCGCUAAAUCGUGGUUUGCGCAUGCGCAGAAGUGCCAAAUCGCAACCCACAUGUGCGCAGACACACAGCUGCGGCUUGCGAACGUGCAUCCCGCACGGAUCACAUUCGAAACCCGAGUGUCCACUGUACACACAGCCAUGGAAGGAGCAUUGCUGCUACUACCCAUAAUGGAAAUAUUGGGCAUGUUCUACUUCAAAUGUUAGAGGCAGCAAUGUUUCUGUAUACCAGUUGCUGGAAGCUACAGGAGGGGAGAGUGCUGUUGUGCUUGGGCCCUGCUUGCAGGCUUUCUUCCAUUGAGGCACCUUGUUGGCCCCUGUGAGAACUGGAUGCUGGACUAAAUGGCACAUACCUAAUCCAACACAGCUAUUUUGAUUUCUCCCUCCUUUGCUUCUGAAUACCAGUAGCUGGGAAGCAUAAGAGGGGAGAGUUGCUAUUGCAACUCAGGUUCUCUUGCAGGUUUCCCAGAGGUUGGCCAUUGUGAGAACAAGAUGCUGGGAUAGCUGGGUCUCUGGCUCUUUUUAUUUUCAUGCAUCGUGGUGGCAUAUCCAUAAAGGGACAUUGUGUGUGUCAGCAAUAUCAGAGACCCGCGAGUAGCCUGCAUGCAGGACCUGAACACAACAGCAUUUCCCCCCCCCUUGUGAUUCCCAGCACCCAGCAUUCAGAGGCAUACUGCCUCCAACAGUGGAGGUAGAGUAAUUUUGGCUAAUAAAGACUGAUAAAAUAAUCCUCCAUGAAUUUGUCUAGAGCUAUCCAAGUUUGUGGCCAUCACUGCCUCCUGUGAGAGUGAGUUCCAUAGUUUAACUCUGCAUUGCAUGUAGAAUUUCUUCCGUUUUAUCUGUCCUGAAUCUUCUAGUUUCCAGAAGGAGAAUUUUAUCUCUGCACUUUUUCCAUGCCAUGCAUAAUUUUAUAAAGCUCUAUCAUGCCACCUCUAACAUCUUUCCCCUAAAAAGUCCCCAGCACUGCAACUUUUCCUCAUCAGAGAGGCACUCCAUCUCCUUGAUCAUUUUGCUCGCCCUUUUCUGAACCUUUUCCAACUCUACAUGUUAAAUGAUUGCAUAGUGAAAACUGAGUGAGGGAUCAUAUUUUGUUUACUGGGGCCUACAGGGAAGGUGGACAGUUAAGAAGCUGUUAUGUAUCCAGGCACUGUAGACCAAAGCUAGGCUGUAUGCAUGCAAUACAGGCCUAGGGCUCCUGGAGCUCAGGAACUAUCUGCAUAACAAAAGACAGAGAGGAGUCUAAAACCCUCCAAUGACAUUGUUAAUAGCUGGCAGGCAACCAAUCCCUGCUGAGAUAGGCCAGUGUUGUGAUUCUCUAAUUGCUGCAUUAAGGCGACCUAUCACAGGUGGGGUUUGUGUUUCGCCUGAGCCGUCUUAAGAUGUAUAUACUGGGCCCUGUCAGUCUUGUUCCUGUUGCUACAAUAAAUCCCUUUGAGCUGAAAUCUGGUCUUUGGGUUAUGCCUGAACCCACCUACACUUCAGUAGCCAUGGUGACAUGACAGAGCCAUCUGCAUAUGUCUUUCUACUGAAAUCAGGGCCAGGAGACAGUGUGAUGCUGGUGACAGCUUGGCAGAUGUCUACAAGCAUACACUCCGAUCGCCAGGUCAGAGGCCUGAUUCAUGGCAGCUCCUCCAAUCCAGAUCCCUGACAAAACAUCAUGUACGAUUUGCCCAGCACCCUUUUCAUGAGGAAAUGAGGGAUGUGAAUAAUAACUUCUCCCUGCUCUGUUCAAGCCAAUCUCGUACACAUCUAUUAUAGACACUGGUCAGGAGCAAAAGACCUGUCGGAACAAAUUGUUUGGGGACUCAAUCGCAGCUUGUUAGUUAAGAGGAGAAGCAGAGGGUGUCACUUGGGACCCAUCCAUUUUUCUUGACUUGCAGACACAAUCUCUGCCAUCAACACUGUGGCUAGUGGCGAUGGAAGCGUUUGGGUUGAAAAUGAGAGUGGAUUGUAAAAUUAAGAGCUGCCAGAGAGGCAAACCAUUUUAUCACACCUUCUGCACCUGGUGUGUGGUAAAAUCACAUGGGCAUGGUAUUACGGACAGCCAGGUUACCCCGAGGUGAGAAAAUAAAGCCUGGGAUAGUUUGGCUUAUCUGAAUAAGCAACAUAACAUUUUUGUUUUGCUGUCUUUCCUCCUGCCAGAUAGGGAUAGGGAUAAAUUUUGUUCACUUUGCAUUUCAUAAUAUCAUGGAAUUGUAGAGUUGGAAGGCACUCUCAGGGUCAUCUAGUCCAACCCCCUGCAAUGCAGGAAUCUCCACUAAAGCUUCCAUGACUGGUGGCCACCCAACCUCUGCUUAAAAAUCUCCAAGGAAGGAGAGUCCACAACCUCCCAAGGAAGACCAUUCCACUCUUGAACAGCUCCUACUACCAGAAAGUUCUUCCUGAUGUUUAUUCAGAAUCUCCUUUCUUGUAACUUGAAACCAUUGGUUCGGGUUCUGGCCUUUGGAGCAGGAGAAAACAAGCUUGUUCCAUCUUCCAUGUGAAAGCCCUUUAGCUUAGAUAUUUGAAAAUGACUGUCCUGUCUCCGCUUCGUCUCUUCUAAACAUACCCAACUCCCUCAACUGUUCCUCAUAAUGUUUGGUUUCCAGGCCAUUGAUCAUCUUGAGAAUGACUCUGACUUAAGAUCACACUCACGCCAUACAUUUAAAGCACUAUGAUACCACAUUAAACAGCUUUAUUUAAACCCAUGCUGUUGUUUAAAACCACCAUUUAAAAACUUGCCUCCUCUUUUGCUCCCCUGCUCACCAACUUCACGCAAAUCCAGAAUUGUGAUGUGGCACUACAACUCCUCCAAUGGGGGUUGCACGUUGGCAGCCUUACAUUUUUAUAUCUGUAGGAAGACAAGUAAUCCAUAAGUGCCAAUAAAUAAGGCAGCAAGUUGUGCAGAGUCAGCAUGCUGGUGCUUUGUGAGAGGACUAAGGGAAUCCCUCAUCGGUCAGACUAGGCCAGGCCAAGCCAGGCCUCACCUCCGUUUCUAAGAAGGUGAAACUGGAGAAAGUCAACAUAAAAAAAAAUCCAAGUAUACAAAGCUGACUUGAUAAUCCUGAUAGUUGCAGUUAUAUAACCUGUAGGCCCUUUGUUACCCUAGAAAAUGAGGACAUGAGUUAGAAACGGCGGUCGCUUGGCUGUGAAUGGCACCUUUCCAGAAAAGCAAAUUACCCAGUGUCUCUUUAAGUCCAUGGCUUAAGGAAUCAGAGAGCUGUGUGAAGGAAUGAAUGAUGCGGCCUAGGGAACUCCAGCUUCAGCUGAGAGCAAGAACUAGGUCCUUAUGGAUGAGGGGAGAGGGCUGCAGUUUUGUGUCCAUAAGAGGGACAGUCCCUGUUGGUGACCAGCUGUAUUGUUUGCCUGUCAGAGCUUCUCUCUGUGUUUAACAGUUACCUAAAUACCAGAAAUUCCUCUCUCUACUGGAGGGGGGAAUUAUGCAUGUUCAAAUUUUGCCUGCAAUUGUUGAACACUUUGAUGCUCUUUUAAAAACAAAAAAUGGUGAGAAACUGAACCCAGAUCCUCAGGAACAUGUAGCAAGAGCAAUUCUGUGAGGGAAACGAAAUGGGAUCCUAUGAGCAGAUAGUGAUUGGCGAUGUAGUUCUUAAAAGCUUUAAAGCUAUUUUCUUUAUAUAUAUAUAUUUUUAAGGCAGGAAACCUGAGUUUCACUAAGGCAAUUCUGUGAGGUAAAUGAAAUGAGCCCAAAUGAGCAGACAUCAGUGUGUGAGGGAGGAACUGAAAGGUGGGUUUUGAAGGCUCUGGAGCUCUUCAAGAAAAACUAAAAAGGAAGGAAACUUACGCAUAAGGAUGUCAGUUUUUGUUUCUCUCGCUUUAUCAUUUUCCCAACCUCCCUGCUGCCAAGUUUAGAUUUUCCCCAAAACAUACAUUUUUAUGUACACACACAGCUAGCUAGCUAUUAAAAAUAGCUAUUUAUUUAUUUAUUUAACAUUCAUUUAUUUAUAUGUAUAUUUUUACAUUUACGUAUUUGUACCUUCAUUUGAAUCCACACACAUUACAAAAAAAUGCACUUGGGUGUGCUAUAUCCACGACUACUCUCCACACAUUUAUGCACACUUUACCCUAUUAUAUGCAUUUUUGUACACAAUAUUUGGCCAGAGAAGUGUGUUGCAAAAUUUAACUGUGAAUGCUGAUCAAUGAAUAAUAAUAAUAAUAAUAAUAAUAAUAAUAAUAAUAAUAAUAUCUUUAUUGUCAUUGCCCCCUUCGGGGACAACGAAAUUACUUGACUGCUCCAUAAAAACACUAAUUAAUCAAAACAGUAUAAUACAGCAAGGGAGAUUAGAUGACUUUCAAAGUCCGGGCUUCCCAUUCAGGGCCGAGAUCGCUCUGGAGAAGAAGCUGUUCUUAAGACAGCUCGUUCUUGUCUUCAUCGUCCUGUAUCUCCGUCCCGACGGCAAGAGCUCGAAGAGACAGUGACCAGGAUGCGAUGGAUCUUUUACUAUGUCCAGUGCCUUCCUAUGGCACCUUGUGGCAUAAAUCUGCUCUAAGGUGGAGAGUGGGCAGCCAACAAUGCUCUCUGCUGCCUUAACAACCCUGCACAACCCCAUCCUGUCCUGGGUAGUGUUUAUUUGUUGUAUUUCUAUCCCACAUUCUUUUCCAAGGAUCUCAAGGUGGCAUACAUGGUUCUCCCCCCUCCUUACUUAAUCCCCACAACAACCCUAUGAGGUAGGUUAGGCUGAGAGACUGGCCCAGGGUCACUCAGAUGAGCUUCAUGGCCAAGUGGGGAUUCAAACCUGGGUCUCCUAGGUCCUAAUCUGACACUUUAACCACUACAUCACACUGGCUCAUAUAUUGCAAAUUAGGUAGGAGGAUCUUUAAAUUUGAACUGAAUACAAUUACUCCAGUCGCCCUGCUUGUGGAACUGCUCUGAUAAAUGUGUGGCUAUUUUUUCUCUUUUUUAACCCAUACUUACUCCAGGACAGUCAAAUCAAUUUGUCUGAACCAGAUCAGGAUAUAAACAGGUUGUGUCUCUCACACUGUGUCAACAUGCUCCCCACUCCACAGUUUCUGAGAGCCUACUGGGAGCCAGGACAUAGGUUAAAUUGCUCAUGCUGCUCUAUAAAUCCCUUUGGAUGAGAUCAUAUAAUUUCUUCAUCUACAGCUCAGGUUGCCAGCGAAGCCCAUGACAUGCUGAGGAAGGAGAUUCAUGCAGCUUCUUGGGGGCUUGCUGGUUUCCUCCUCUGACAAAUAAACUGAGCACAAAUUGGAUGCAAGCUUUGUAUGGAUUCAAAGAAUGGCACAAGCCACAUAAAUCCACAUUGUGCCACAUGCAAAAAGGAGCACCUGAGAUUCAAUCCGUGUGACCACAAUGCUACAGAGCAGGGAGGUAGCUGCAGCUCUGUAGUAGAGCAUCUCCUUUGCAUGCAGAAGUUCCCAAGUUCGAUCCCUGGCAUCCCCAGGUAGGACUGGGAUACGACUCCCAGCCUGAAAUCCUGGAGAGCUGCUGCCGGUAAGUGUAGAGAAUACUAAGGCAGAUGGACCCAUGGUCUGACUCAGUAUAAGGUAGCUUCCUAUGUUCAACAGGAACAUCUGUAAUUCAGGAGUAGAGCAGGUCCUGGGUUCAAUCCCCAACAUUGUAUUGUAUUUUAAAUAUCCUGUUGGGAGCCGCCCAGAGUGGCUGGGGAAAUCCAGCCAGGUGGACAGGGUAUAAAUAAAUGUAUUAUUGUUGUUGUUGUUGUUGUUGUUGUUGUUAUUAUUAUUUAUUAUUAACAUUUCCAGCUAGGGCUGCCCGAAACCCUGGAGAGGUGGCCAGGAGUGCAGACAACAGCACACUAGAUGGACCUGUGUUCUUAUUUAAUUCAGCCCUUUAUUCAGAACCAUGAGGACUAGAAUCUUACUUUAUUUUUAGGGGACAGGUGGUAGCUUAGUAGUAAAGCAUCUGCUUUACAUGCAAAAGGUCCCAAGUUUAAUCCCCAGUGGCAUCUCCAGGUAGGGCAGGGGAAAUAGUCCUGCCUGCAUUCCUGGUGAGUUGCUGCCAGUCCGUCCAUACAGGACUGAGUUCAUUGGUCUCACUCGGUAUAAAGAAACUUCAGAUGUUUAUAGACUUUCCCCUUCUGACAAAAUAUAUGAUGCUCAAGAGGAACUGGUUUUCUGAUGCACUUGUAAUUAGCGAAGGCAGGCAUUUCCCCCCUGCCACAUGCUUUUUCAAAUUAAACGACAAUGUCUCCCAAGAAACCUUAAAAUAACUCUCCUGUUGAUGCUUCACUCUAAAGUAAUUAGUACUUAUUUCCAGCUGACUACUACACCGCUAACAACAGCAAAACAGUGUAUUGCCCCAAAGUAGAAAUAUAAAGACCCUCUUGCCAUAUCUGAUCAGUUAAGGAAAACCUGGCAAACUGCCUUAAUUAUGAAACUUACAUAUUGUUACCGGCCACCCCAACCUCUACUGAGUGGCAGCAAGAGAUUUCAAGGUUCUUGGAAAUUAACCAGGGUUCGCAUUUACUUGGGAAAAACCAGGCACAACGGAGACUGAAGUGUCUUAGAAAUAUGGUUUAUUCACGCAUGUUUACACCUGAGUUAGAGAUAGAGAGAGAGAGAGACAGAGAGAGAGAGAGGGAGAGAGAGAGAUCCCAAGAGGGGCUUGUCCUUCCAAGCAGUGCAGCACUGGAUUUAGAGGUACCUUAAGCCCCAUCCCUGUGUCUCUCUGUUAGCUGCCUGUUCCAGCCCAGCCCUUUAGUUUGCUGCCCUUCAGUCCCUGCAUAGAGUUCUGCCCACUUCCUGCUCCUUCCUCCCAGAAACCCCUGCUUGUAAAAGGACACCCUCUCUUCCUGUGGUGACAUCACCUCCCUUGUUACCCUGGCAACCUCCUUCUGUGACUGGCAGAGCCUACUGUCUUGUUGAUGACUUCCAUUGAGGGCUGAUAGCUGGCUAUCAGCACCAUCGUUUCUUCAAUGACCCACCCCCAGCAAGGCAUCACCAGGCUGGCUUCAUGAAGAAGUUUGCUGGUGUUAUUCCCAGCCCUUGCUAAAUUCAGGAAUUUAUGAUUUUGCUCAGAUUCUGCCACUCCACUGAAUGUAGAGACUAUGGGGAGUCUGCCACACCCCCUCAUAUACUGUAUAAUAAAAAUGCAAUACAUAAUAAUCAAGAAAGCAAAUUUAUUAAGCCAUGUUGGGCCUUAUUCUUACAUUUCUGGAAUGCAAGUGUAAAUGAUUAUAUAUUUUUCCCCUUUAAUUUAUUCACAGCAUUAUAGAAUUUUUGUUGUUUGUUCUAUUAUCCCUUCCAGUGCUAUUUUUCAAGAAAAAGAGGUGCCGGAACUCACUAUGAACACCUCUGUUGUUCUCUUAUAAUGGCAGUAUUGCCCACUUGAGAGUUGCUAGAACAGUUCUGGCGAGUUCUGGCUGGGGGGAAAAAACCCUGAUCUCUUUCCCUCCUUAUACACUUCCUUUUUUCUUUUCCCUUUAUAUUUCAUUCUUUUUCUUCUUAGGAAACAAGAAUGUUCUAUAUAUAAUAGUUUUGACGGUGAAUUGUAAUAACAUAACCUUAAUAAAAUCAUUAAAAUUAAAUGGCAACCUCAUCCCUGUUUCCCCCUCACCACUAUCUGGGUUGGAGAAAAAGAGUUGAAGGAGAAAAGGAUGGAGUCACUCAUGAAAAGGUUAAGAAAGGCCACCUUUCUCCAUACCUUCUCACAGCUUCAAAAGUGCUCCAAGGACUGAAACAGCGACUUCUCAAAGGGCAGUGGGAGAUGAUAACUCCAAUACUUAUGUGCCUAUUUAAAGCCAGCCCAGUCAGCAGGAUCCUCUCAGCUUUGAGGAGAAAAUAGUUUUAACAUCAAGGCAACACGCUGGCAGCAAAAUGCCUCAACAAGUCUGUCAGCAUGCUAGACAUGUCAUGGCUAAAUCCAGACCUUGAGCAUCAGACUGACCACGCAGGGCAAAGAUGUGAAAGAGGGCCCAGAUAAAUGCAUUUCGGGGCUUCAGACUUAUGGUAGGACAAGCUGCAAAUUAUGCUCCAUUUUGGUCUCGAUGGCACUCAAGCCAAGGUCUGUUCCAUCUCAUUUGGUCCUGUUGUGAACAUUGUGUGUGAACUUCUUACAUAAAUUACACACUUUUGCAAAAACCCAUCUCCUCUCAAUCUUUUAGAACUCUGCUUGCCUUCUGCUGCAUUAUUGCUUCCUAGUCUUCCUCGGUCAUGGCAAUAUCAAAUAGCUCAUUGCCAGAAUUGUUCCCACCUAUAAUCAUAAAUAUCCUAUUUCAAAUCCCUGCAUUGGUUUUCUGUCCUCUUCCAUAUCCUGCAGAAACUCUUUGUCCACACCUUUGGAGCAUUCCAUAAUAGCCUUCACUUAUCCCAUUGUUCUUCUUCAUCAUCAUCAAAAAUUUUUCUUGCCCUUCUCUGGCAGGGUCCCAGUGUGUUUGACCAUAGAAUCAUAGAAUUGUAGAGUUGGAAGGGAUCCAAAGGAUAAUCUAGUCCAACCCUUGCAAUGCAGGGAUCAUAGCUAAAGAAUCCUUGAUAGAUGACCAUCCAAUCUCUGUUUGGAAACCUCCAAUGAAGGAGAGCCACCAAUGUCCAAUAGCACUUACCGUCAGAAACUCCUUUGUAAUGUUUAACCAGAAUCUCCUUUCAUGAGAUUUUAAUCCUUUGGUUCAGGUCCUACCCUCUGGAGCAGCAGAAAACAAGCUUGCUCAGUUUUCCAUGUGACAACUCUUCAGAUCUUCUUUUCUCCAUGCUAAACAUACCCAGCUCCUGCAGCCGUUCCUCGUAAGGCUUGGUUCCCAGCCCCCUGAUCAUAUUGGUUGCCCUCCAUUGCAUAUAUUCCAGCUUGUCAACAUCCUCCGCAAUACUGGCACCAUUUCCCUAGAUGUAAAGCACUGGUUAAAUGUGUGGCACUUACUGUAACAACUUCAUGGUGAGUACCGGCACCUUUUUGCUGCUGCAUCACACUGUUGAUUCAUGUUAAGCUUGUGGUCUACCAAGACCCCUAAAUCCUUUUCACAUGUACUGAUAGUAAGCCAGGUGUCACCCAUCUUAUAUUUGUGCAGCUGCUUCUUCCUGCCUAAGUGCAGACCCUUACAUUUGUCCCUUUUGAAAUUCAUUUUUUUAGCUUGUGCCCAGUUCUCCAAUCUGUUAAGGUCAUUUGGAAUUCCUAUUCUGUCUUCUGUGACAUUAGUUACCUCUCCCAGUUUGGUGUCAUCUGCAAAUUGGAUGAACAUCCCCUCAAUUCCUUUAUCCAAGUUGUUUAAAAAGAUGUCUGAUGGAGCAAGCUUGUUUUCUGCUGCUCCAGAAGGUAUGACCCAAACCAAUGGAUUCAAAUGACAAGAUUCUGAAGAAAUAUUAGGAAGAACCUUUUCAUGUAAGAGCUGUUUGACACAAUGGAAAGGACUACUCUGGAAAGUGGUGGGCUCUUCUUCAUCUGAAGUCUUUAAACAUAGGUUGGGUAGUCGUCUGUCAGGGAUUAUUUAGCUGUGAUUCCUGCAUUGCAGUGGGCUGGACUAGAUGACCUUUGGGUCAUCCUUCCAACUCUGCAAUUCUAUGAUGCUACAUUAUGCCCCUCAGAUGACCAAUUCCAAUCCAGCUCUCUCAAUCCCAACAUGGACUCUUGAGGAUAGCCAGAACCUCAUGAGUGAAGGAGGGAGAAUUUUCUUCGUGUACAAGAAAUCAAGGUAGGCUUCUGACAGAACCUCUUACACAUCACUACACAUGUUAAAACAAACUUAGGUUUUGCUCCUUUGACCCUCUGAGUCAAUUCAGUUUUGACUGCACUGUCAUGCCACCUUUUCCUUCCUUCCUUCCUUCCUUCCUUCCUUCCUUCCUGCCUUCCUGCCUUCCUGCCUUUCUUUCUUUCUUUCUUUCUUUCCUUUUCAGAAGUGACACUGGUGUUUAACUAUCCCCCCAGACAUGGCCAUUUAUAUUUCCUGUUUUGGUUUUGACUCAUAUCUUUACCCCAACUCUUGUUUCAAUGACACUCUAAAAGCUCUAGUUACUGGUCAAAAAACUUACACAAUUCACCUGCAGCUUGAAAGCCAAGUGAAAAGAGAAGGGGAGAUGUGUAACAACAAAAAAAUAUGUACAGAACGUUCACGAUUCUUUGAGGCUCUGAAAUAGCUACUUGCCUGCAGCGAGUGAGAAUUGCCCCCAGGCAGCAAAGCAGGGAAGAGAGUUAGUUCUAUUUACCUCGUAUGUUAAGCCCAUCAGUACAUUGAACUUGACAAACAUUGGCAUAUGGACUGACUGGCUAAUAUUUACUGGUGCAAAAGAGAGAGAAAAGGAGAAUUCCUGGAUGCCAAGAUCCAAGUUUGAGGCCCAUACUCUUUGUUGAGAGAACCCCAGCAGAGUUUUAAAGUCUCAAAAUAUGUAGUAAAGGAUGGAAAUAUAGGUUGUUAAACUUUUAAAAUACGCCCUUCCAAGUGAGGUGUUCAUUGUGAGUUCCAGCACCUCUUUUUCUAGGAUAAUAGCACUGGAUACAACCCAAUUGAUCUAGUAAGAAAAAGCAAGAACAGGCUUUGUCUAUCAAAUGAUCCACGAAAAAGUUGCUGCAUACCUGUUGCAUAGAAUCUAACAAUGAGAAAACAAUCUUUUCUCAUCUGAAUCUGGAAUGCCCCCAACAUGUGUGCACUCAACUGCUUUGGCAGAAUUAACACUGCUGAGGGUGCCACAUAAUACCCAUUCCACAUCCGUUACAACUCAGUGAAUUAGUGUGGCAGCACCUGCACUUUGGAACUCCCUGCCUGUUGAGAUCAAGCAGGUGCCUACACUGUACUCAGCAGCUAAAAACAUCCCUGUUUAGACAAGUCUAGCCAGAUGCUUAGAAUGUUGAGGUGAUUUCCAUCUGUUUUAGUAUUUUAACUUUUGUAUGGGUGUGAUGUUUUUAUUGAUUUUUCUGUUUUACCUUUUGUAGAGCAGUCUGAGGCUUUUUUAUAAAAACAAAAAAGCAAGCAGUGUAUAAAUGUUAUGAAAUAAACAAAUAACUAGCUUCUGGGAUGAGGAUGUACAGUACUCAGAUCAGCUUCCCCCAAAACUAAAAACAGAAGAACUUGCUUGCAGCAUCAGAACAAAGGCCCGUAUGCCAUCCCAAACAGGUGCCCCAAUUGUAAACCUGCAAGCAGGACCUGAGCACAAGAGCAAUCUCCCUUGCUUAGGUUUCCAGCAACUUUUAUUCAGAAGCAUUACCAACCACAGAGGCGGAGCUACAGUCAUCAUGGCUAUUAAUCUUUGAUAGCCAUGUCUAAUCCUCUUUUAAAGUCAUCCAAGUUGGUGGCCAUCGCCGCCUGCUGUGGGAGCAAGUUCCAUAGUGUACCAAUGUGCUGUGUGGAAAAAGUCUUUUCUUUUAUCCUUCCUGAAUCAGCUGUCCAUAAAUUCUAGUGCUGUGAGAGAGGCUGAAAAAUGUUUCUCUCUCUCACUACUUGCUGGGAGGAUGCUGGGAGCUGAAUUGGUCCAGCAACGUCUGGGGACUGAAGGCUGAAGGACACUGCUCUGUUUCGAAGGGCUGUAAAGUUAACAGACCCAAAGAGGGGAGAGCAGGAAGGGCCUUUGCGGUUGUCCAUCAAUGGUGAGCACCUGGCAGGCAGAGGCCACCUGGUCACAGCCUUCUCCAUUAGGGUGAAAUGCAGUCUAUUUCAAUUAUAGCAAUUACGGUAUGUCUAAAUCUGGACCUAUGCAUAUAAAAGAGCAGAUGCACAGUUUAUGAAUAUAUGUGCACCUCUUUGACGCAUAAGUGACAGUCCUUGAUUCCAGUGAAGUUAAUGCAGUAUCAGAGCAAUACACUCUUGAGUAGUCCCUGGUUAUUAAAACUGUUGCUGUCACCCUCUGGAUGAUUUGUGGGUAGUGGGGGGGGGGGGAUUGAGGCCAGUUGCUUGAAUGCUCAAAUGCACUGCAAGAAUCUCCAGGAAGGUCACAACUGAUCACUUCCGGGGGCAGGCAGGAAACCCACACAUGUAAAUUUUGGGGUUGAAUCAGGAGAUAAGUAAGCCCUGCAGUCAGGAUUCCUGUAGUCUGUCUCCAAUAAGUACAGUACUAUUGCCAACCGCCUUGUGGCUUAAACCAGGUGCAAUGCUAAACAAAAACAAGUUGCAUUGAUCUUGGGUGCUUGCAUCCUCCCACUGCCUGGCACAGCUUGCAAGAAUUUCAAAAGCUUUGUGUCCAGUUUGUACCACUGACUGGUUGCUGUGAUGCCUGAACAUGGAUAAUCUGUGGUUAAUCUUAAUGAUGGUUUGUACGAACAAGAUGACUUCAAACUGUGGUUUACAAGGUUGUUGUGUGUUUUUUUGUUUGUUUGUUUUUUGAUAAACCAUGGUUAAGACUAACCACUGUUAUGAUUAGUUUGGAAUGGCAUGCUAAAGUGUGUUCAGUUUAAAACAGAAAAUUCCGAUCUCCUCUUUGUGGCUAUGCCGGGGGUGGGCAGACGUGAACCUGUGUGUAAAGCUAUCUUUUAUGAAGAAAAUGAUAUUGGAAUCUGAUACCCUAGUAGUAUUCAGCCACCAUUCCCCAAAUUUACCCAGCACAGCCUGUCUCUGAACUGCCUAAGGAGCCAUUGGUUUUUCAAUCAUAGCUUGGCAGCCUUACCAAACAACAUCAAUUUCUUUUCUGACCCUGGAAUAGAACACUUGAGUAUUGAGUUCUUGACCCUUGUCUUUGAAGCUAUGAAUGCUUUCCCUUUGUGAUCCAGCAAUAAAACUAAGUCCUCAGGGAUACAGACCCAACCGCAACACCUUAGCUAUUAGCAAAACGUCACAGCCCCUUUUCCUCCUGAUGGCUGUGUUAAUCUGCUUGGGACUCCGUGGCUGUGACCAGACAUAUUUGGAUCCCGUUAGACCUUCUUAUAUGACGUACUGAUGGCAAGUUUAAAAGGGGUGGCAAAUUCCCCUGAUUUCAGAUUCAGGUUUCUAGCCCACAUGGCCACAGAGAAAUCAGCUCUGGGGGAGGAAAAAUAACAAAUCAUAUUGAGGGGCAAAGGAACUGUGGCUGUGGCAUUGUACGCCACUUUGGGGUCCAUGCAUGGCUGUCUCUGCACCUCCACAAAGGGGGAUAAUCAGCAAAGAGGCAUUUAUCACCAAAGCUGUUUGGGCCACUAAUCUCUCAAGGCAUUUGUGUAAUCAGGCCUUUACAUGGAUGGUUGCGGAGAGGAGAAUGAGAGCGAGGGAGAGCUCUCUGCUAAUGCAACUCAAGCCCCUCCAAACCCUCCUCCAUCAGUGCCGUGGACAACUGGCCUACUUUGCAGCCUGAGGUCAAAGCAGCUUAAUGAAGGAGCUUGCAUUAUCUCCUGCUCCCAUAACCUUCCCUCCUUCCCCAUGCCCCACUGAUGUGGGAGCCAAGAAAAGCUCUCCAUUAGCAAUCAGCUUUGGGCCCCAUUCCAGCAAAAGUGUCCUUCAGCCGUCAAACUGUUCAGGCCCAAAGCCCCUUUCAAAGGGGCUUAGCGAAGGCAGCUUCUCAAGCGCUCAAUGCAGGGAUAAAAAUUAAGGGUUCUAAUUCUAGAAGGUAAGUACUGCUUGGAUCAGAGGCGAGCCUGACGAGUGAGCAUCAUGUCACAGCCUCCAAACUAGGGCUUGCAAAGUUGGUCGGAGCUGUGGCGGAGCAUCUAAUGGAGGGCUCGGCAAUUCUUCCAGCCUCAAGGGCCAUGUUUCCUUCUAAGCAGCCUUCUGGGGGCCACAGAAAAGGACUGCGCAGGCCAACAAGCAAAAGUUGCUGGAACGAGUGUCAAUUUACUUCCUGCAGUGCUCCUGAUGCUCUCUGCACACUGUGUGACUGAACCCGUCAUGCCCCCCUAAAUCUGCCUCUUCUGGGGCUCUCUACAUGCAAAUGGUGCACUCUACCACUGAGCUAUCUCCUUCCCCUACCACAAUAAACAAGAUUCUAGUCCUCAUUGUUCUGAAAAAUCACGCAGCACAUAGUUCAACUAUGGAGCUUGCUGCUACAAGAGGCACUGAUGGCCAUCAACUUAGAUGCUUUUAAAAGAGGGUUAGACAAGAUCACGGAGGGGAGGGCUGCUGAUAGCUGUUAGCUAUUAUGGAUAUGUUCUGCCUCCAUAGUUGGAGACAGCAAAGCUUUCUGAAUACAAGUUGCUGGAAACUUAAGGAGGGGAGGGUGCUGCUUUUGUGAUUGGAUUCUGAUUGUCAGUUUCCCAUAGGCAUCUGGUUGGCCACUGUGAGGACAGGAUGCUGGACUAGAUGGACCACUGGCCUGAUCCUGCGAGGAUCUUCUUAUGUUCUUAAGUAUUGAUUGAAUUAAGUAGGAACACAUGAAGCUGUCUGAUACUGAGUCAGGCCAUUCAUCCAUCAAGUUUAGUAUAGUCCACACUGACUGGCAACAGCUUUCCAGGAUUUCAGGAAAGGGACAUUCCUAGCCCCAUCUGAGGAUGCAGAGGAUGGACCCAGAGACCUUUUUGUACAAAGCAUGUGCUCCCCCACUGAAGUACAGCCCUUGCAAAAGAAAAGAAAAAUCCUGUUGUUGUUUUCCCCACCUUUAAAAAAUAAAUAAAUCCAUCCAUGUUUUCCUGUCUGUCCAGGUUAGCACACAACCCCAGACUAAGACUGUGGGGAGCCCAGUUCCUGGCUGCCCCUUAACAAUGUUCCAUUGUGAUGCAACAGAAACACAUCAGGAUUUUGAAGCAUAUGCUGGCCGCGGUGGUGCUCAACCUCCAGAUACUGCAAUAAUGUAAUCAUGGGCAGUUUAUGCAGCAUGAAAUUGCCCGAAUCUGUUCAGGAAGAAUCAUCCAUAGCAAAAGGGUUUGGUGGUGGGGGAUGUUUGUGCAGCUCAUGGGAAGAAAACAGGAGAGGGAGGACAUCAGUCAGAGAUAAUUCUUCCCCUCCCCCUCCACACACACUUCCACAGAACGCUACAACUCCCUAUCACCCAAUGCAAUUGACUGUAAAUAUUUCACACACUUGCAAAACUAACUACAGAAAUGGUGGCGAUCCCUGGCUUAGGUGGGUUUUUUUGUUUUGUUUUGUUUUUAAAUAGAGGCUUGGACAAAUGUACAGAGAGUAAGCUGGUCAGAAGCUGUUUGCUUCUUGGUUUGGAAACUGAGUCCAGCACAGAAUGCAGUAAUGGGUGGAAUAAGAAUGAGUGAACCUCCCAACUUCCCUUGAUGCCAGUUGGAUUCCCCCACUGCUGGUUUCAAGCUAAAAAGCCUUGUACUGUUUGGGAUCCCUAUACCCAAAAUACUGCCUUUCCACGUAUUUAUUUAUUUGUUCCAUAAAAUUUAUAACUGCUUGAUUGUAAACAAAAUAAAAUGGGUGGGAGGGGAGGAAAUCUCAAAGCAGGUUAAGGAAAGGAUAAAACAAGAAAGGAAAAGUAACAACCAUAAUACUUUCGAAGGGUGAGAAUAACAAUAGACUGAAAACGGAUUAAAACCCACAUCAACUUUCUAAGCAUCUGGACAUCUUUGUCUAAACAAAAAUGUUUUUAGCCAGUGCUAAAAAGAAUACAAUGAAGCCAGCUGCCUGAUACGAAUAGGCAGGGAGUUGCUGCCACGCUACUUAAAAAUGCAGGGUGGGUAUUAUGUGGCACCUGUAAGAGCGCCAGUUCUGCCGAAUGAAAUGGUCAAGUGGGCAUAAAUGAGGUAAGACCAUCUGCAGGUAAAUUGGUCCCAAGUUGUUAAGGGCUUUAUAUAAUAAUAACACACUGAACUUGGCCUGGUAGCAAAACAGCAGCCAGUGCAGAUCUCUGAGCUCAGGUGUGAUAUGCUGACAAUGUCUCAGUCCUGUCAGCAACCAGACUGCAGCAUUCUGCACUAACUCCAUCUUUUGGAUCAAUGCAAGGGAAGCCCCACAUAGAACACAUGGCAGUAAUCCAGUCUUGAAGUAACACAUAUGAAGAAGAAGAGCUGCUGCCAGUCAGUGUAGACAGUUCUGAGAUAGAUGGACCAUUGACCUGACUCUCGGUAUAAGCAGCUUUCAAUGUGCCUAUGAAACUAGCUUAGUUUAUGGAGGUAAAGUUCACGUCUGCCUGCUUUUACAUCUGGCACCUGGAAGGUUGCCCAUAAUAUGCGGCCCUCCAGCAGAAAAGGGUUCCCUGCCACUGUUAGAAAUAAUACCCCAGUUCCAACCCUUCAACCAUUAUUAGCCUGAGGGUAAUGGUGGCAUAUUGCCAUCACCAGUGGAAAUAGGGUUACCAUCACCAGAAUGCCGCUUUAAAGUAAAUGGAUGUGCCAUUGUACUUGUAUGGGCAACUUUGAAAGGCCUUUUAGGUCACGGUCUAACAUCCAGUGAUCUGAGAACUCAGCUGUUCUGAAAGUAAACUUUCCUUCUGGUGCCCUUCCAGUCAAAAUGUGCCCCUGCUUCAUUAAAUCAGGGGAUGGACGCUUAAUUAAUGGUGAGUAGCAGACACAGGAGGUAUUUUCUUGAUUCUCCCGCCAACAGAUCAAAGUUUAAUUAAGCAAGAAAAGUACCAAAAGGAGGACAUUUCACUUGGCUAAUUUGAGAACUACAGCAGAAGGGGGUAUGGCGAACCGGUAAAUGCACAGUUCGUUAUUGCUUAAUCUUUAAUCAAAACUCUUGUUGCCCAGAAAUGAAAACCAGCUUGAAAUGUUCACGUUCACCAUUAUAUAGGGUUUGCCUAUAAGACGCUGUGGUUCAAAUGCAACACAGCAGGGCUUCCCUAUCACUUGGCACACCAUUCACAAAUAGCAGACCGUGGGCACCAGAAGGGAGGUCAUGUACCCAACAGCAAGUUUAGCGAGUUAUAAAACACUGAAUCAUAAGAUAACACAUGGCUAAGGGGAGAUCUGCUGGCAAUCCAAAAUCAGAAUACAAUUCAGUAGUUCUUCAUGCAGCGGAUAGUUAAAAAAUGGAACUCACUCCCAUAGGAUGCAGUGGUGGCCACCAACUUGGAUGGCUUUAAAAGAGGAUUAGAAAAAUGCAUCGAGGAGAGGGCUGUGCUACUACCUGCAACGGCUAUGCUUAAUCUCCACGGGUUGCAGGCAUGCUUCUGAAGACUAGAUGCAGGAGACCCCAGGAGGGGAGAGGGCGCUUGUGCUCAAUUCCUGCUUGCUUGUUUCCUACAGGCAUCUGAGUGGCCAUUGUGAGAAGAGGAGACUGGACUAGAAGGGCCACUGGACUAAUCCAGGAGGGAUCAUCUUAUAUUCUUAUGUCUGCUUUGCACAUUACUUUAAAAACAACAACCCUACAACAGUGUUGGGAAACCUCAGUCCCAGGGACCAAGUGCAUCCCUGGAGAGCUCUUGAUACAACCCUUGGGACUCCGGUCAGGCUUUACCUCCUCCUCAGCCAUUCCUUCUUUCCAUAGGCUCCAUACUACCUAUGCUUUGUAUCCUUCUUGAGUGCUUUUGCCUGGCUGGAAUGUGCCCUUGAACUCUGCUCAUGCCCCUUGCCUCCCUCCCAGCCUGGCUUGCGGCCCCCAGGAGGUUGCCCAGGAGAGAAUAUGGCCCUUGGGCUGGAAGAAAGUUCCCUGGGUGAUAGCCUAGAAUGAGAAAAUUAAUAGCCGCCAUAUCUGUAACAUAACAUUUCUGGUUUCAGUGUCAACCUCCCUAUUAAUCCUGACAGGAAGCCUCUUCAGAGUCCCUUUCGCUGAACCACUCCAACAUAAUUAGCCAAUUUAACGGGGUUUUUAGUUUGCAUCUCAGCUCUUUCAUCUGAUAAAGCGGCACCAUCGCUAUUCAAACUGGACUGUGAAUGGGGGAGGCAGAGACAAAGCUGACGGAGGCUCGCCCCCGCCUCCCCCGUGAACACACACACACACUUUCUCUCACUCGUUCUUAUUAAUCCUGCACUGAUUUCUCCCACUACAGGUCUUCCAGCGGCGUGAGGAUGGCUCCGUGAAUUUCUUCCGCGGGUGGGAAGCUUACAGGGAUGGAUUUGGGAAACUGACUGGAGAACACUGGCUCGGUAUGUGCAUCUUGGCCUUUAUUAUCACAGCUUUGGGGAAGAGGCAGAGAGGUGGCUUUAUUUAUUUUUAGCCCACCAUUUGCAGCAAAUUGCUCAAUGUGGUCACAUGAUUCUCCUCCUCCUUUUCAUCCUAUCCUCACAACAACCCUGUAAGGUAGGUUAUAGGCUGAGAGGCAUUGACUGGCACCACCCCUUGAGCUUCAUGGCCAAGUGGGGGAUUUGAACCCAGGUCUCCCAGGUCCUAGUCCUCAUUUAAUCCCCACAAUAACCCUGUGAGGUAGGUUAGGCAGAGAGGCAGUGACUGGCUCACCCAAGAUGGUGGUCCUCAUUGCCUCCUGUGGGAGUGAGUUCCAUAGUUUAACUAUGCAUAGAGAAGGACUUUAUUUUAUCUGUCCCAAACCUUCCAUCAUUCAGCUGAGUUCCAGUGUUAUGAGAAAGGAAGAAAUGUCCACUCUCUCCAGCUCAUGCAUAAUUUUGCAAACUUCUAUUAUGUUGCCUCCUACUGCUUUUUUCUCAAAACCAAAAAGUCCCAAAUGCUCCAAGCACCUGUUCACUUUGGAAUUUCCCUGUUAUGCCGGCCUUGACCCAUUCCUAGAUAAGCUGCACACCAGCGAGCAGAAACCUCUGAAUCAAAACUGUUGGGGUUUGCAAGGAAAGCUGCUGUUGGCUGUUGUGUCAUGUUGUGGAGAUGAUUUCUACCUAAGGAGCCUGCAGCCUGCAAGUAUAACUUAAACUACUGGUAAUUAAAGAGAACACCAGGUGCGAUGGAGGAGAGGUUUGAAAAAGGGAGAGAAGGAGUCAUCACUCACGGCGAAUGACAACUUUCCCCAAAUCACCUCUUAAUUGAGAAAUGAUCAGCAGGACUCCUUCUCCCCACUCAGCACCCACCUCUGGAGAGGUGCUUUUGCAAGUCCUAAUUGAUAGGCAGCAAAAUCCCAUCUCUCAGCCUCUGAAGGCCCACACUAAAAGCUGCAUGAAACAGAGGCUGAGAAGGUUUGGACUGGGAAGUGGGACUAAAUUGUGGAUAAAGCACAUGACACAACAGCCAACAGUAGCGUUUCUUGUUGUGUUGGCUGGGCUCUUAAUAUCCCAUGGCCUCUUCCACCCCCACUUCCAGUUGGUGCAUGACAUGGAGGAAUUGGGUAGUUCUUCUCCCUCUCUCAUAACACUGGAACUUGUGGACAUGCAGUGAAGCUGAGUGUUGGGAGAUUCAGGACAGAUCAAAGAAAGGACUUCUUCACUUCCUCCCACUGGAUGCAGUGAUGACCACCAGCUUGUAUGGAUUUGAAAGAGUAGUGGACAAAUUCAUGGAGGAGAAGGCUAUCAAUAGCUACUCAUCAUAAUGGCUAUGUUCUGCCUCCACAGUCAGAGACAGUAAUACCAGUUUCUGAAUACCACUUGUUUGGGACCACAGGAGGGGAAUGUGCUGCUCUUAUGCUCGAAUCCUGCUUGUGGGUUUCCCAAUGGGGCACCUGGCUGUUUACUGUGAGAACAGGAUGCUGGACUAGAUGGGCCAUUGGCCAGAUCCAGCAGGGCUUUUCUUAUGUUCGUACAUCCUUAGAAUCAUGGUAUUGUAGAGUUGGACGGGACCCCAAGUGUCACCUAGUCCAACCCCCUGCAAUGCAGGAAUCUUAGCUAAAGCAUCCAUGACAGGUGGACAUCCAAUCUCUGCUUAAAAACCUCCAAUGAAGGAGAGUCCACCACUUUUUGAGGAAGUCGGUUCCACAGUCGGACAGCUCUUACCACCAGAAAGUUCUUUCUGAUGUUGUGUCAGAAUCUCCGUACUUGUAACUUAAGGGUAACUACCCUUAAGUUACCCAGAGCGGAAUCUUGAAUCUCCAAUAUCUGCACACCACACAUUUUAAAAGGAAAAGGUAAAGGACCCCUGACAGUUAAGUCCAGUCGCGGACAACUCUGGGUUUGAGGCAUUCAUCUCGCUCUAUAGGCCGAGGGAGCCGGCGUUUGUCCACAGACAGUUUUUGCGGGUCAUGUGGCCAGCAUGACUAAGCCGCUUCUGACGAAACCAGAGCAGCACACAGAAACACCGUUUACCUUCCCGCCAUAGCUGUACCUAUUUAUCUACUUGCACUUUGACGUGCUUUUGACCUGCUAGGUUGGCAGGAGCUGGGACCGAGCAACAGGAGCUCACCCCGUCACGGGGAUUCGAACCACCAGCCUUCUGAUUGGCAAGCCCUACGCUCAGUGGUUUAGACCACAGCGCCACCCGCGUCCAAUCACACAUUAAGGCAGGUCUGAUUUUUAAUAUUUUUGGUAGCCUUAAGAAAGCUGCUUUCUGAAAAGGCUGCACCUUCUAAGAAGAACAUAGCAAAUUAUGUAUUUCAUAAAAUGCAUAUACAUUUUAUGAAUGGAUAACCUCCGGCUGUGUAUCCUUCAGGAUGUGAACACAGCAAACCCGGAAGUACUUUUCCGGCUUUCACCACACGCGCAUACGCAGAAGCAGUCCCUCCGGUUGUGGAAACCUCAGGAUCUGACCAGAGCUCCGGAAUGGAUCCUGUCCGCAACCGGAGGUACCACUGUACUGCUUGAUUGCAAAAAAACCCAAAAACCAAAGAUAUCAAACUCUCAAAAUGGUAUACAAAGAAAUAAAACAAUGAAAUUGCCAGUAAAAAAGUACAAAACAGUUAUUUAAAAGUCUUCAAAAUACAAUUAAAAUCAAGAAGUUUAAACUGAGAUUAAAACAUGUCAGCAUUCUACAUGUCUGGAUAGGCUUGCUUAAACAACAACAAAAAAUGUUUAUAGCUGGUGCUGAAAUGAGUGCAGCAAAGGCACCUGUCUGAUGUCAAUAGGCAGGGAGUUCCAAAGUUUGUAUUUCCUCGUUUAUAAAAUGCAGUGUCUGACAAGCAGUCAUGUAUGUAUUUAAGGACACAUCCAUGUCCCACAUAUAAACUGAUUUGAAACUCAUUUAACAGGGUUGAAGAGGAUCCAUGCCUUGACCACGCAAGCCAGCUACGAGCUGCGCAUUGACCUAGAGGACUUUGAUAAUGGCACAGCUUAUGCACAUUAUGGAACAUUUUCGGUGGGUUUGUUCUCUGUUGACCCUGAGGAAGAUGGCUAUCCAGUUACUAUUGCUGACUAUUCUGGGACAGCAGGUAAGUUUGCCUGGUGCCUAGGGCAGAGGGGAUAUGUGUGAGAGGGGAAACAGAUACGCAUGUGCAGUGGAUAUUUGUGCACUGGGGAUGUGUGUUUGUGAAUAGCUGUGGAAGUUUGGGGUAUAUACCUCUUUGUGGAUCACCAGGAAAAAAGGAAGGUAGGAAGGAAGGCCAUUUGCUCUGUGCUCAAAAUACCGUGCAUUAUAUCCAGAACAGCACCGGUGCUAAUAGCAUUGGAGCAAUCGGGCCUGUCAGAACGGCAAAUUUCCACUUCAAAACAGCUGCUCAGAAUUGAAACUUCAGGUCAGAAAUUGACAUUUCACCCUGACAGAAAGAACAUUUAGGUCGGAACGUCCAAUUUGCAAGGAAGAAUUUAGCUCUCAGCUGUCAGGGACUAACUCAGAAAGCAAAUAUUUAUAGUUUUAUUGACGUAAAACAAAACAAAAUUUUAUUUCAACUGAAUUGCAAACCCCUUUCUAAAAUGUAGAGCUACAGUUCUGUUCAUUCGUUUAGCCUCACCAAAAACUGCACCUUUAGUUUUUCAGCCUUCCAUUACUUUGUCGCAGAAUGUUGACAUUAAUACCCCUAGCGCAGAUCUGGUGCCACCUGCUAGCCAAAAUGGCUAUGCUUUUGUCUCCAUGGUUGGAGGCAGUAAUGCUUCUGAAUACCAGUUGCUGGAAACCUCAGGAAGGAAGAGUGUGCUUGUGCCAGAAUCCUGCCUGUGAGUUUCCUACAGGUUGGCCACUGUGAGGACAGGAUGAUGGACUAGAUGGGCCAUUGGCUUCCUCCAGCAAACUCUUCUUAUGUUCUUAUGGACUGCUGAGAGCUUUUGGAGCAAAUUUCAAUAGGCUGUCUGUGGAGUUGGGGGGGGGGCAGAUGUCCCUGUCCACCAAGUGGCCCUUUCCAAAGACCUCACCACACCCUGACAAAUGACUCCUUCCCCCUGCAGGCGACUCGUUCCUGAAGCACAAUGGCAUGAAGUUCACCACCAAAGACUUGGACAACGACCACUCAGAGAACAACUGUGCCUCCUUCUACCACGGGGCCUGGUGGUACCGCAAUUGCCACACCUCCAACCUGAACGGGCAGUACCUGAAGGGCCACCACAGCUCCUACGCCGAUGGCAUCGAGUGGUCCUCGUGGACAGGCUGGCAGUACUCCCUCAAGUUCACCGAGAUGAAGAUCCGGCCUGCCAGAGAUGAGAAUUAGCUAAGUCUCCUUCCCACAUCACCCUACUUGUUCUCUAUCCCCACCCCACCCACACCCACACCCCCAGUCCCCCGUAGCUCAGUGUUGUUUUUUGUCUGAGUCUGGGGCAGCAGGACCCGAAAGAGCCCCCUUCCCACCAAACAAUGUUUUAAUACUUCAAGAGUUCCCCUUGAUGUGCACAGCCGGUUCCUGGAAGCAAAGGCACCAGCUCUACCUCUUCCAAAGCAAGGGUUGUCUUAAGUCCACAAGUCUCCCAUAUAAACACAAGCAAGAAGGAUUUCCCAGCUGCACAAUGGAAGCCAUCUUACUCACCCCCCACCCCGACGACAACGACGACUACUUAUUAUUCUUAUUCUUAUUAUGAAAAAAGAGAGGUGCUUCGAUAGCCAAAGAACCUGGCCCCUAGAAUGUGUGAAUCUCUUAGUGGUCCAAGCAUAUCCAGCAUCCCACCCCAUAGUAGAGAUGUAAUCAUGCUAUUUAUAACAACAGCCUGAUCUUUAGGCAAGGUGAGCUCACAUACAAGGCCAGGCUGAAGGAGAUGAAAUAGACCCAUGGCAAGGAAGGAAGGCUUUGUGUCAGUGCUGAGAAUGACUGACAGUGCUUCAAAGCAAAGCCAAAGGAAAAUAUUGCUGUGCUGUCAGGAAAUCACACAUCAUGGAUUGCACUGAAAAUGACUCCUGGAUCAUAGAAUCGUAGAGUUGGAUGGACUCAAUGAGUAAUCUACUCUAGUCCACUGCGAAGCAGGAAUCACAACUCAAGAAUCCUUGACAUAUCCAACCUCUGUUCAUUUGGUGUGAGCUUGCCUCGCUGUCACAACCAGGGGCAUCAAGAGAACUUUGAAGGAAACAGGAGCAGGAACUGCUGAAACAGUUUGCUUUUUCGCCUUCUUGUCUGGAAUAGAAAUUAUUCCAGCGAUUAUUUUCAGUAUUUGCCUUUGUUGUUGCUUCCAGUCUGCCGAUGAUCUGUAACCGAUUAUGCUACACACACACACCCCA